AUGGCGAUGAACGUAACGGAAUUGAAGGAGUUUGAUGUCAUUCGUGUGGCUAGAAGCGAUGGUUCAGAUACUGGACCCGGCUACUGGCCUGUCACGACAUUAACUGCGACAACUACGACAAAAAAGACAAAAGAUGCAGCAGCAGCUGAUAAGGCACCAAGGACUAAGCCUCAAAUGGUUCGACUAGCAGAAGAUGAUCCAAGGUUCACCGAGUGGAAAGUCAAACUGGGUAUUCUUCUCAAACAAGAGCUGUGUCCGAAUCCUGACGAGGGAAACCCAUGGCUGGUGAAUUUUCCUCGAGGAUACUGGCUCUACGAAAAGUCAAAGCAUCUAUGGGUUUCUGGGUACCCAAUCAAGGUCAAGCUUUUCAAGAGUCCCCAGGAGUUUGCUGUCCAUUUAAUAUGGCUGCUUUCAACGUCGAUGGACUAUCGGGAUUGUUGCUGUGCACACUGCAAUGCUGCCAACAUAAUCAAGGGAGGCAGUGCUUCGGAUGAAGGUCUGAUCAUCACCCACGAACCUUCCAAGAACGACAAGAUGCCACCCAGAGUAACACCUGUUCCUCUACCCCCAAUGCCUGGACAGACAUCGCAGAAGCCCGGCACUGUUCCCGACACUAUUGUGCCUCGUUUGGCAUCCACACAAUCUACGCCGGCUGCUACGGCGCAAAACUCUCCAGCGCCUACGCCGGUAUCUGCUGCUGCAACUAAUGUGCAACGCGUUCGACAACCCCCUCAGACCCGACCUCAGGAACAAGUCAUUCAGCCACCACCGCAAUUACAACAGCAAUUACAACCAGCGCCCCAGCCCCAGCAGCAGCAGCAACAACAACCGCUGCAGAUACAGCACCAACCACAAAUACAACAGCAGCAGCAGAUUCAACAACAGUCCCCCAAUCUCGCUCAAGCACCACCCCAACCCCAGCCUAUACAGUGGGCCCUCAAAUCGGCUAUCUUGUUUCGAUCUGGAGAGCUCGUAUGGUAUCAAAACGGUAAUACGUGGCGUCUUGGAGUUAUCGCGUCUUCUUCCAAUGGCCAACACGAGGUCAUGCCAAUUGGACACGGCAUCGUUCAGCAAAACAACGUGACAAAGACUGACGGGGACAUGCGGCCCUUUUAUGCAUUCACAGUACCACCAGUCACCUUGUCCGAGUUGAAAGACAAGAACUAUGACGGUGUUCCGUGGGAAUCGCUAUUCCAGAGUUCAGUAGACGGGAACCGACGCGAGGUACUUGCACUUGACGCUUCUAAAAUGGCGGCUGUUAAGAUUGAUUAUUCAUACUCGCUUUGGUCCAAACUCACCGAAGAUACGAAGGUUAAGACCGUUACUUACUAUGGCUGUUUCUUUGGAGCCGAGCGGGUCGAGAUUGGUGAUGCGAUGCGGCUUAAAUCGCUACCGGCCGAAUUCAACGUCCCGGCCGAGACAGGCGUUCUGGGUCUACGGAUCAUCUUUACUACUAAAGAAGCCCCUGACGCUGUCUUCUUCCGUGGCCACAUCUACCAACUCGUGUCCGAAGAUCACCCCAACAUUGUCCGGGAUGAACAACUUCCCCUUGCGCUGCGCAGCGAGAGCCAGUGGCGUCGUUCGGUUGGGGCGCAUCGAUGGUGUUAUGCAAUGGUCAGAGAGAACAUCACGUUCAGGGAGCAGUCGAUUAGAGGUCGAUUCUACCCAACUCAUCGUCUCAUGCCAAUUCUUAACCCGGCUGAAUUCCAAAGCUCGGUUGCGCAGCGCCGAGUCGAUGACCAAUACGCCCAUCUUAACAACCGUAUGGAUGGCGUGGGGAGAUAUCUGGGUCGGAAGAUCAGCCGAAUUGAUACCCUUGGAGCUUCGGUGAUCCAUACAGCUAGGAUCAGCCUGGAGCCCUUCAUUAAGGAAGGGGACCAGCCGGUUGAAUAG